UCUCUCUCAGGAUGGCAAAUGAACCCGUUAUUCUUAAUGUGUAUGACAUGUACUGGAUAAAUGAAUACACCUCCACUCUGGGUAUUGGAGUCUUCCACUCAGGAAUAGAGAUUUAUGGCAGAGAGUUUGCAUAUGGUGGCCAUCCGUAUCCCUUCAGUGGCAUUUUUGAGAUCAACCCUGGAAAUGCCUCAGAACUGGGGGAGACUUUCAAAUUCAAAGAGGCUAUAGCUCUGGGUACGACAGACUUUGCAGAGGAGGACAUUGAUAAAAUAAUGGAGGAGUUGGGAAAGGAGUUCAAGGGGAACGCCUACCACCUGAUGCACAAAAACUGCAACCAUUUUUCUUCUUCGCUGUCUGAGUUGCUGUGUGGUAGAGAGAUCCCACGCUGGGUCAAUCGAUUGGCAUAUUUCAGCUCCUGUAUUCCAUUUCUGCAGAGUUGUCUGCCUAAAGAGUGGCUCACACCCGCCGCGCUCCAUAUCAGCAUGGGCCUUCGGAAGGAGAACACACGCUCACACACACACGAUUCCAGCGACGACGAGCCCUCGUCUGCUAUGGAGGCGGCCGCUGGAACAUCACACAGCUGCAGGCACACCCGCGUGUGAUCUUACAUAUAUAUUUACACGCAGUAUUACACUAAUUUGAACACACAUACACUCCAACCUCUGAUCCUGCUGCUACAGCGCCUCCUGCUGGACUGGAUGAACACCAGACCUUGUGGCCUCUCUGAAUGAGGAAAUCAAAGUCAUGUUUUUCAGUAGAGCCUACAGGGAUUUAAAAACCUUGCAGUGGUACUCUUAACGUUUUAGAAUUGUUUGAUUUUUACUAAGAUUUUAGGGAAAUGAAAACAGUAUUUGCCAUUUAGUGUUCUCUCUCUUAUAAGUACAUAGGACAAUAUGAAUGAUGGGCGAUCAUAAUGGACUGCCCCCUGCUGGCGUGUAACAACACUACACUACAGGCCCCUUCCUCAUAAAUCCUGAACUUUUUUCUUUUAAUGUUUUCCAGAUUUAGCCGAGUUUGCUGUGUAUUAAAUUCUUUUCUAUUUUGUGAUGGAAUAAGCGUGUCAUCUGAAGAAGAACU